AUGCGCUCUCACUUCCUUCUUCUUCUGCUCCGUCCAAGCCUUCACUCCCCCUACCUUCAAUCGUCCCUCCCUUACCUUCUUCAUCCUCUUCCCAACCUUAUGAGGCAAGGCCUCGCCGUUCUUGGUCCAAUCUUGCUGCUAAUCAAGCGAAAACCGCUGAGGCUACUCUCUCUUAUGUCGUUCCUUCCAUUGUCAAUGGGAAAAAAGUUGUGCCCCAUGACUUCCAUUCAACCUGAGAUUGAACCUUGGAAAAACGCAGUUGUGGGCUUUGUUCUUGGUGUCUCCCCUUCAUUCCAGAAUAUGCUUAAGUUUGUUCACAAACAUUGGCAGUCAGUAAGCCUACCCAAGAUCUAUACUUGGAGGGAUGGGAUUUUAUUCUUUGAUUUCCCCGGAAAAAGAGCAUAUUUUGAAUUAUGGCCUUUUUUUUCUUUUGAUAGUAAACCAAUGAUCCUUACCCCCUGGUCCCAAAAUUUGGCUGUUGAUAGAUUGGGAGUUGCAAAAGUUCCUGUUUUGAUUCGGCUGCCUGGAUUACAACUUAAGUAG